AUGGCUCCCGCCUUGAAGAAGUACGACUGGAUCCUAGCGAUCACCACCAUCGCCUUCGUCGCCUCAUCGGCCUCAAACGGUGCCAACGAUGUCGCCAACUCAUACGCCACAUCUGUGGCUGCGAGAACAUUGAAGAUGUGGCAGGCUGGUAUCCUGGCUUGUUUCACUGAGUUCCUUGGUGCUGUCGCUCUUGGAUCCCGAGUCACUGGAACUAUCAAGAGCGGUAUUUUCGCCCUCGAUACCUUCAAGCCUGUGCCUGCUACCCUCAUGCUCGCCAUGGGAUGCGCCGAGGUCGGAUCCGCUGUCUUCCUUACCGUCGCGACCAUUGCCGGUAUGCCUGUUUCGACCACCCAGACCGUUGUUGGAGCUCUUGCCGGUGCCGGUAUUGCUGCUCAAUCACCUCUCAGCUGGGGCUGGAAGAAGGGAUCCAUCUCCCAGAUCGCCGCCUCAUGGGUCAUCGCACCUUUCCUGUCUGCCGCUUUCGCCGCCGUUCUCUUCUUGACCAUCAAGUUUGCUGUCCACAACCGCAAGGAUCCCUUCAAGUGGGCUAUGCGCCUGAUUCCCUUCUAUCUGGCUUUCACCGCUGGUGUCCUCGCCCUCUUCAUCAUCGAUGAGCUGCCAAACGGCGAGUCUCUCGAGGAGAUGGGCCCUGGCAAGGCCUGCGGUAUCAUCCUCGGAGUCUUCUUCGGCAUGCUCGCCAUCUCCUACAUCUUCUUCAUUCCCUACUUCACCCGCCGCCUUGUCAAGGGCGACACCAGGCUGAGGGCGUGGCAUCUUCCUCUCGGCCCUCUUCUGUACCGUGAGAACCCUCCCAUCUACUUCCCCGGCAAGGGCGACCAGAUCGUCACCGACUACUACGCCAAGUCAGCCCCAGUUACGAGUGAACAGGAGAACCUCAAGGGCGAGAAGGCUGUCGGCCAUUCGACUUCCGUUGACAACAAGUCUUCUGGCGACAGCGACAAUAUCGAUGUCGAGGGUGGCCGCGGAUUGUCCCGUCCUCUUCCUCGCGAAGGCCCGAUUGCACACAUUAUCCCCGCUACACCUGAACCUGAGGAGCGUUGGUUGAAGCCCGUCGAGCACCUUCCAUUCUACUCUCCAAAGAAGAUCGCCAACUGGACCAAGUUUAUCCUACUCCAAGGUGUCUCCCGCGACGUCGUUACCCAAGAGGAUCUCGCCGAUGUUCACUCCCGCGCCAUCGUUUACGACAACCGUGUCGAGCAUCUCUGGACGUACGCCCAAGUUGCCUCCGCCAUGAUGAUGUCUAUUGCCCACGGUUCCAACGAUGUUGCCAACGCUGUUGGACCCUGGGUUGGUUCCUACAACACUUACACCACCGGUGUUGUCACCAAGGAAGCCGACACUCCUAUCUGGAUUCUCGUCGUCGCCGGUCUUCUGCUCGGUAUCGGUUUCUGGUUUUAUGGCUACCAUAUCGUCCGUGCUCUCGGCAACAAGAUUACACAAGUCUCUCCUACUCGUGGCUUCAGCAUGGAAUUGGGCGCUGCCAUCACCGUACUCCUCGCCUCUCGUCUCGCUCUCCCCGUCUCCACCACUCAGUGUCUGACUGGUGCCACUAUCGGUGUUGCGCUCUGCAACUUCGAUCUCAAGGCUGUCAACUGGAAGCAAGUUGGUUUCAUCUUCUCUGGAUGGAUCAUUACCCUGCCUGGUGCGGGUCUCAUCUCGGGUCUUUUGAUGGUCAUGGCGCUCAACACGCCCCAUUUCUAG